AGGGAUGCGCAUCCGGGUCACGCAAACGCCGCGGUUUCCUCUAUCCGCUUGGUUCGGCUGUGAGUCUGGACCAGUACCCAUGUCCUGCUUUGGGGCCUCUGCAGCCUUAGGACAGUGAAGACUGCUGACAGACGCUCGCAAUCCAGCCACAUAAACGUUAGGAAGGAAUACUGGUCCUCAUGGAAGAAGAGCAAGACUUACCAGAACAACCAGUGAAAAAAGCCAAGAUGCAGGAAUCAGGAGAGCAAACUUUAAGUUAUGACAUGCACCGAUUACAUCCCUCGCUCAUCCAAUGAUUAUACCUCACAAAUGUAUUCUGCAAAACCUUAUGCACAUAUCCUCUCAGUUCCUGUGUCGGAAACUGCUUACCCUGGGCAGACUCCGUACCAGACACUACAGCAGUCUCAACCCUAUGCUGUCUACCCUCAGGCAACCCAAACAUAUGGACUACCUCCUUUCGGUGCAUUGUGGCCAGGUAUGAAACCUGAAAGUGGUUUAAUUCAGACUCCAUCUCCAAGUCAACACAGUGUUCUUACCUGCACUACAGGGUUAACCACAAGCCAGCCAAGCCCAGCACAUUAUUCUUAUCCCAUUCAAGCUUCAAGCACAAAUGCCAGCCUGAUACCCACUUCAUCUACAAUUGCCAAUAUUCCAGCAGCAGCAGUUUCCAGCAUCUCAAACCAGGACUAUCCCACCUACACUAUCCUUGGUCAGAGUCAGUACCAGACCUGCUACCCCAGCUCCAGCUUUGGAGGCACAGGCCAGACUAACAGUGAUACUGAGAGUACCACAUUAGCAGCAGCCACAUACCAGACCGAGAAGCCUAGUGUCAUGGUACCUGCACCUACGGCACAGAGACUUUCCUCGGGAGACCCUUCUUCAAGUCCAUCUUUGUCCCAAACUACACCAAAUAAAGAUGCUGAUGACCAGUCCAGAAAAAACAUGACUGGCAAGAACCGAGGCAAAAGGAAAGCUGAUGCCAGCUCUUCCCAGGACAGUGAAUUGGAACGGGUAUUUCUGUGGGACUUGGAUGAAACCAUCAUCAUCUUUCACUCUCUUCUUACUGGAUCCUAUGCUCAAAAAUAUGGAAAGGAUCCAACAGUAGUGAUUGGCUCAGGUUUAACAAUGGAAGAGAUGAUUUUUGAAGUGGCUGAUACACAUCUAUUUUUCAAUGACUUAGAGGAGUGUGACCAGGUGCACGUGGAAGAUGUGGCUUCUGAUGACAAUGGCCAGGACUUGAGCAACUACAGUUUCUCAACAGAUGGUUUCAGUGGGUCAGGAGGCGGUGGCAGCCAUGGUUCCUCUGUGGGUGUCCAGGGAGGUGUGGACUGGAUGAGAAAGCUGGCUUUCCGCUACCGAAAAGUGAGAGAAAUCUAUGAUAAGCAUAAAAGCAACGUGGGUGGCCUACUCAGUCCCCAGAGAAAGGAAGCACUGCAGAGACUAAGAGCAGAAAUUGAAGUUUUAACAGAUUCCUGGUUAGGAACUGCAUUAAAGUCCUUACUUCUCAUCCAGUCCAGAAAGAAUUGUGUGAAUGUUCUGAUCACUACAACUCAGCUGGUUCCAGCUCUGGCCAAGGUUCUCCUUUACGGGCUAGGAGAAAUAUUUCCUAUUGAAAACAUCUAUAGUGCUACCAAAAUUGGUAAGGAGAGCUGCUUUGAGAGAAUUGUGUCUAGGUUUGGAAAGAAAGUCACAUAUGUAGUGAUUGGAGAUGGACGAGAUGAAGAAAUUGCAGCCAAACAGCACAACAUGCCUUUCUGGAGAAUCACCAACCAUGGAGACCUAGUGUCCCUCCACCAGGCUUUGGAACUUGAUUUUCUCUGAGAACUGGAAUGAAGACCCUUCCCCGUGAGCUCCUUUUCACUCCUGAAGGGAGCUAGAGACCGGAACCAUCUGGGAACUCUCUCUCUCUCUGUCUCUGUCUCCGUUUCUGUCUCUGUCUCUGUGUGUGUCUCUCUUUCUCCAUGGAAUGCUGGCGAGAACACAGUCAGAACCAACAGCUGCAAGGGACGAAGCUUAUUUUUGCUAAGAGUGAGCUGCAGCCCUGUGUUCAUCCUUGUACAGAGGCAGGAGACAGUUGGAUUGAGAGAACAAUAGACUCACUGCAGCUACAGUGCUUUUAAUUCUUCUGUUUUUUGUUUCGUUUUAUUUUGUUUCAAAAAAUGAAGAAAAGAAAAGGAAGUUCUUGGGGCAGAGUUGCACUCUUAGUUUGUGCCCAGUUUGAGAACUGCUC